AUGAAAAUCUCGCAAUUGCUUCAAGUGGCAAUGACAGCCGUAGCGGCGGACAUUGUAAUGGCUCAAUCUGGCAGCAUUGACCAAAUAGGAACUGUACGAGCUGCUCAAGAACAGACCGUGUCCGACAAUUACCACGCUGCGUUUUCGAUUGAAGCGCCUUCCGAUCUUUUUCAACGCCGUGAUACUCUGACCACGUUGGCACCAAUCAUCAACGUGGCUUCCGACUUGCUGACGCGGCCAUUGCCCACGAACAAAUGGUGGGGAAACCUUAUUCACACCACCCCUAAGGAUAUCGACACGGUGGCCAACCCGGCAUGGUCAAACCCGUACGCAGUCAAGUUGCCCAAAAAAGCACCUUAUGGCAUUCAGGUUUGCUACUCAUACUCAUACCGUAGCAUGGCCAACGAGGUUGACGGUGUCGUCAAGUAUUACUUGCAUGGAUUCCACAACGACGUCACGCUUUCGGCAACAGAGUUCGUGUCCACCAAACCCGAUUACGAAAUCUACUCGUUCAGCGAUAUGGGCGUUAGCGUUCGUACCUGUGUAUCGGGUAGUAACAGCUGCAUGGACUCGGCUCUCGUCAACGGCAUGGCGUUCGUAACGGCUACGUACUCUGGUCUCACCGCGAGCAUCAAUUCUGAGUACACCAUGACCCUGAUGGAUAGCUCGACACCUGGCAAGUAUAUUAUUCAGCUGCCGAACAAGCAGACGUGGGUGGUAUACUCCAGCGACACUAGCGCUUCCUUUUCGAUUGACAGCACCGGAUCGGCACUGGUGGCUAGUGCGGCUUACACCGGUACGCUUCGUGUGGCAAUCCUUCCUGACACCGGCGACCAGAGCGUAUACGAUGACUACUCAUCCUGCAUCAUCCGUGGAGGCGACUUUUUGAUGGAAUCGCGCACUACCUACUCGCUGCAGUGGGAAACUGAGGGAGCUGGAUGCGAAAGCGCGGGGCUUCUUCAUUUUGCCCUUCCCCACCAAGUAGAAGUCAUGAAGGAUGCAACCACUGCCCAGUCAACUGGAGCCAUUGUGCUGCACUCGACAACACGUGGUCAGAUGAUUGGUCAAGUGACUACAUCUUCGAGCUGGACCUUGACGGAGGAAGAAGCGGACGACGAGGUCGACUUUUAUCCAGCCAAUAAGCCAUCACCGGAGCUGAUAUCGCAGAUCAAUCUUCUGUCCACCCUCGAGAGUGAUAUCAACAGCGACUGGAGCUUCAAUACCGGUAGCUGGUACUUCAACGGCAAGGCGUAUCAGAAAUACGCGUCGCUUUGCUUGAUGGCCGCUGACAGCUCCAUCGUGGGCGAUGACAAAACUUUGUUAAGCAGUUGUCUGUUGAAGCUUGAGGAAUUGGUCGAACCAUUCCUAAACAACACGGUCGGCUCGCCUCUUGUUUACGAAACCGCAUAUAAGGGAAUCGUGACCAGCCAGGUUUUCACUGCCAACGACGUUAAUGUCGAAUUCGGAAACGGUAUUUACAAUGACCAUCACUACCAUUACGGCUACUGGGUAACAGCGUCGGCGAUUCUGAAGCAGCUGGAUCCAUCGUGGUCAGGCAUGGCCGAACUUGAGACCAUGGUGUGGACAAUGCUGCGCGACGUAGCCAACCCGAGCGCUGAAGACACGUACUUCCCCAAGUUUCGCCACUUUUCAUGGUAUCUGGGUCAUUCAUACUCGCACGGUGUGACACCUGUGGCAGAUGGUAAGGACGAGGAAAGCACAUCAGAAGACGUAAACUUUAGCUAUGGUAUGAUGCUAUGGGGCAAGGUGACGGGGAACAAGGCUGUUGAAGAUCUUGGUAGCAUCAUGCUACGCCUGAACGCUCGUGCCGUGCGCACCUAUUUUCUCAUGACGUCAGACAAUACGAUCCAUCCGCCCCAGUUCGUACCCAACCACGUCACGGGGAUCUUCUUUGACAACAAGGUGGACUAUGCGACAUGGUUCAGUGCCGAGAAGUAUUGCAUCCACGGCAUUCAAAUGAUUCCAGUGUCGCCCAUUAAUGGUCUUGCCCGCACGAAGACGUUCGUUCAGCAGGAGUGGGACGACAUUCUGUCAAAAGAAGCCAUUGUUACGAGUGCGGACACCACUAACGCUUGGCUGUCUUUAUUGCUUGUGAAUGAGGCGGUCAUCAACCAAGCCGAUGCACUGGCAAAGCUGGCAACGGCUACCAUGGACGACGGUCUCUCUCAUUCUUGGGCUUUGUACAAUGCGGCCUCUCGCGGUGGACCAAGCUUGAGUGUUGACACAACGGCUGCGACGGUGGCGCCAACCACCACUUCCGCUUCUCCGACCGUCAUCACCGCGACACCUGAGGCCAUUACCGUCACAACAACACCAACAACAGCGGCCACCGUUACGACAGCCAGCCCAGCUAUAACCUUCGCAACUCCGACCGCCACCCCUGUUCUCAUGACUGCUCCUCCGACCGUCGCUGCGGCUUCCCCUUGUGCACCAAACGCCACUUCUACUGUCCCGUCAUGCAGCCGAACCGCCAAACGGAAAAACUCCUCAAAGCAUACCGUGGGGUGA